GAUGUGACAUGUGUGCUGAUAACCGCAAUGGCGAGUGCCCUAUGCAUGGGCCCCUCCACUCCCUGCGACGGCUGGUGGGCACCAGCAGUGCAGCCGCAGCAGCCCCUCCACCUGAGAUCCCAGAGUGGCUCCGGGACCUGCCCCGGGAAGUGUGUCUGUGCACCAGCACAGUGCCUGGCCUGGCCUACGGCAUUUGUGCGGCGCAGCGCAUCCAGCAGGGCACCUGGAUCGGGCCCUUCCAGGGAAUCCUGCUCUUGCCAGAGAAGGUGCAAGCAGGCACCAUCAGGAACACGCAGCAUCUCUGGGAAAUAUAUGACCAAGAUGGGACACUUCAGCACUUUAUCGAUGGUGGAGAACCCAGUAAGUCAAGCUGGAUGAGGUAUAUCCGAUGUGCAAGGCACUGUGGGGAGCAGAACUUAACAGUGGUUCAGUACAGGUCAAAUAUAUUCUACCGGGCUUGUGUAGACAUCCCCAGGGGCACUGAGCUGUUGGUGUGGUACAAUGACAGCUACACAUCUUUCUUCGGAAUCCCUCUCCAGUGCAUUGCACAAGAUGAAAAUUUGAAUGUCCCUUCGACUGUAAUGGAGGCCAUGUCCAGACAAGACACCCUACAGCCAUUUAAUAAAAGUAGCAAACUGUCCCCUGCCACUCCACAGCGAUCUGUAGUAUUUCCACAGACUCCGUGUAGCAGAAAUUUUUCUCUUCUGGAUAAGUCUGGGUCCAUCGAGUCAGGAUUUAACCAGAUCAGUGUCAAAAACCAACGAGUUCUUGCAAGCCCAACUUCAACAAGUCAACUAAAUUCUGAGUUCAGUGACUGGCAUCUUUGGAAAUGUGGGCAAUGCUUUAAGACUUUCACCCAGCGGAUCCUCUUACAGAUGCAUGUGUGUACACAGAACCCUGACAGGUAA